AUGUCCAGAACGCAACAAGAAGAAAUAGUAAAAGGAUCAAAGUGUCAUGAUUGUGGGAACCAAGCUAAGAAGGAUUGUGCAUACUCAAGGUGCAGAACUUGCUGCAAGAACAAAGGGUUCGAGUGCCAAACUCACAUCAGAAGCACUUGGAUUCCUGUAGAUAGAAGGCGCCACAGAGUGGAGCAGCCACCAGAUAUUCCUAAGAGGCACAAGCAGAGCUCAUAUUCAAGUUUAGAGGAGUUCAAAUUUCCUGCAGUGAUGAGUUCCAUGGCGUUAUUCAGCUGCGUUAGGGUGCGCUCUAUGGAUGAUACGGUCAAUGAAAUCGCCUACCAGACAUCUGUGAACAUUGGAGGACAUGUAUUCAGUGGUCUUCUUUAUGAUCAAGGCCCUGAACAAAGCUUCAAUGCUAGGGGUGACAUGGAUCCUCUUGAUCAGCAACACAAUCUCAAUCUUAGCAGUGAUGGUGCAAGUGCAACUAUGGCUCCACUAUCAGCCCCUGCAACUCAUGAGCUUUUUCUUCCUCCAUCGCAUCCGUUCCCCCUUGCUUCCUUCAGGCCCGGUAUGACAUACUUGUCACACCCAAAACCUUAA